AUGAUCCUCAAGCUGUGUAGGCUGGAUCUGUACCAGAUGCAUGAUGGUCGCAACGGACAUCAACUGGGCGAGCUUCAGGACAAAAUAGGCAUGGCCGCCAUAAUCUCACAAAGCCAACUGCUUGAUGUGGAUGGCUACGGUGUGUUCAUCUGCCCAGAGGUCGGUUUGCUCUGCAUUGCCAUUGUGACUGAUGUGAAUGUCAGCAGCUGCUAUGCAAACGCAGCUAGCUGUUCACCUGUGUGCACCUGUCAACUUCAGAAGGCUCCACUACUGCAUAGGCGCCUGGAGAAGCAUGGCUAG